CGUGGUAUAAAGAGAUGUCGAGGAUGUGGAUGGGCAUGCAGAAGCUUACGUGGCAGUAAGCAGCAAUUUUCUCUCGCUUCGACGUUACGUGAGCUAGCUUAAAAUCUUCAGCAUGAAUCUUGUAGCAAACAAAAUCGCUCUCGUCACCGGUGCUUGCAAUGGUAUCGGCAAGGCGGUCGUGGAGGAAUUGGUAUCGAAGGGACUCAAAGUCGUCGGCCUCGCCAAUGAUAUAAACAAGCUGAAGAAUUUCGCAGAUGAGUUGAAGAGUAAACCUGGCAAGCUUUAUCCUCUUCAAUGCGAUUUGAGCCUUCCUAACGAGAUUGAGGGCGCAUUGGAGUGGAUAGAAAAGAAUCUGGGAGGCGUGGAUAUUUUGAUAAAUAAUGCUGGCAUCAACUUAGAUUGGUCUAGCAUCAAUGGCGGUAUACAGGAACUUAAGAAGACUCUUGACAUCAACGUUCUCGGCAUAGCGUGCAUCACCAAGGGGGUCCUACAGCUGAUGAAGAACAAGGGAAUCGACAACGGUUGUAUCGUUAAUGUUAACGAUAUAUGCGGUUUGAAAUGGUUGCCUCUUGCUUCCGACCGGCCUAUUUCUCCGGCGUAUGCUUGCAGCAAAUCCGCGCUGAGUGCGUUGACCGAAUGUCUUCGUCUAGAAUUGGCCCAGAACGAGUCUAACAUCAAAGUAAUUAGCAUUUGUCCUGGCUUGGUGGAGGUCGAGAACAAUCAGCAAUGGUUGAAAGAAAAUCCACGAGUGACUCUGAAACCGAAGGAUGUGGCGGACUUUAUUAUCUAUUCAUUGCAGACUCCAGAAAACGUGCUUGUCAAGGACCUCAUUAUCACGCCCAUUCGGGAAAUUUGAAUUAACACCGGAUGAAAUUGUUGUCUAUGAUAAAUAUUGUAAUUAUUAGAGCACAUAUGAUAUGGCAAAUCAAAUAAAGUGCUAGCAAUUCUUAAAUA